CUUGGGGUAGUGACAAUAUCCACAUUAAUGCGGCUACUUUGUGUACCUUUAGGAGAGGUUCCCUUUAACCAUGAGAUCCUGCGGGAGGCCUAUGCCCUGUGUCACUGCCUCCCUGUGCUCAGCACAGACAAGUUCAAGACAGACUUUUAUGAUCAAUGCAAUGACGUGGGGCUCAUGGCCUACCUUGGCACCAUCACCAAAACCUGCAAUACCAUGAACCAGUUUGUGAACAAGUUCAACGUUCUCUAUGAUCGACAAGGCAUCGGCAGGCGAAUGCGGGGGCUCUUCUUCUGAUGAAAGAGUACUUGAAAGGAUAAUGCACAGGGGUCAGACAACUGUCCCAAAGGGGAGGGGCACUACACUCCCUUUAGAGAAACUGCUGUCAUUAAUAAAAGGGGACAGCUCCUCAGCACCCCUAUCAGUG